CGUCUCACUGGAUGUCGCAUUUCACCAAUCAGAGUUUGUUUUCAUGACUUGAGGGCGGGACCGCUGAUAGCCCAUGACAGGCCCGCGCUCUUUUUCAACGUUCUAAAACAGUUGGCGGGAAAUACUUGAGGCGUUACGUGAAGGUUCCAUUUAUACUUAAAAGAGUAACCAUGUCAGUCCAGACCUUUUCCUUCCCUGUACCUGAGACCAGAUUUUUUCAGGCUGGACAACAAGUCUUCAAAUUCAAGAUAAGAAGAGGAGACAUGAGCAGCGUUCAUGAGGAAGAAAUGCUGUAUGGAGAGCUAGUCAGUGAGGAGUUGGAGAAUGCUGUGCGUGCGGUACUUGCAAACCUGGAUGGUCUUCACCCCUUCACCACCCAGCAUUUCAACAUUUUUCCCUACAAAAGUAAAUGGGAACAAGUGUCCAAAAUGAAGUUCGUGAAAGAGGGUGUAAAACUGUCUCCAUACCCCUUCCUUAUCACACUGUAUGUAGAGUAUCGUGAACCAGCCUUUCCAUAUGCAGCAGUGAAAAAUACCAAUGCCUGGAACACACCGGAGAAACUGUCUAUAUUGAAAAGUCCACAGUGUGCUAGUGAGCCAAUGAGGACAGACCAAACCACUGCAAUGGAUCAUCCAGAAGAGGGCACUAUGAACCAACACAAGAAUAAUAAGCAAACCCCAGAGUGCUAUAUUCAGGAGUCCCCUUCCUCGGCCAAUGGUGCAGAAGAGAUUGUUUGUGGCAGUGAGAUUCAUGCUGAUUCACAUGUGACUUGUCUACCAGCACCAGAUGUGCAUGAUGCUGCCCCUGAAGGUCCUGACCCAAAUUCAACAACCGGACAGAACACUGGGAUCAUUACUAGAAUGGCCAGCUCGCUGUUUCCCUUCUCUCUGUUCUUCCGUAAGAGUCCUGCAAAUUAAAAAAUCCAAACCAUCGUUCCUUGACACUUACAGAGAAGAAAGAAAAAGCUAGUUUCACUUUUAAGCUUCUUCAAGGUUUUGAAUAGCACCUGGUUCAUUUGUGCUGUUUGUGCAUUCUGUUUGUGUAAUUCUUCAAAACUUAAUCAAUAAUGGUUCGAACUGUGUUCAUAUGAGUGUUUCAAAUACAUACUAAUAUUUAAAAUGGUUGCUUUGGGUGAAAAUUCCUUUUGUUGCAUGUCACUGUCAGUAAGCCUGAAAUUACAUUUAUGUUCUAUUAUGUGCGUUCACCUGAAUAGGGUCGUUAGAACAGCGAGUUUUGUUGGCUUUUUUGUGUUUCUGUGUAUCUGAGUAUGUGCGUGUUGUUGCAGCGUUCACUAAAUUGAGUGUGUGUGUGUGGCAGACCACUCUCAAGAAGGUGAGGUCAUCAGCCAAGGCUAUACACGCCCGAUCCUCUUGUCUCAAAAUCCACACCUGCUUCUGACUGCCUUUGCAAAUUAUUACAGGAUCAAAGAAGAAUUAGUUGAAGCUCUCCUGUAUCUGUCAAAGACUUCUAUCUUUGGGUUCAUGACUCAAGAAAAAGCCCAGAUUUAUCUCUCGUUUUUAUUUUCAGAGUUUACGUAUCGCUGUAACCUGGAAACCAGUAGAGUCAUGAAGAAUUAGAUUAUUAAUACAUCCGCUUGCACUUUAUAGCAGCUGCCAAAACAACAGGAGAGGGCAUGGCCUCACGUUUUCUCUUGAUGAGCUGAUUAUAUUAAUAUCUCGACCUUUAAACCUCCAUGUCAAUCAAGCUCUGAAGUUUUUUUUGAGAAGCUGACACUGUAUAAAUCUUAAUAUCUUUUUAUAAUUACACUCCAUUCUGUGAUAAAAACCCUGGAGACCUUGAAGUAUGAAUCAUGCUGAGCAUGUGUGUUGUGGGGAGGUGGGUUGAGAGGAUGUUGAAUUAUGUCAUCCAUUCCGUUUCCAAUGACAUAAUGAAUUGUGCGUGUUAGAAAGUGAAUGGAUUAAUAGUUGUUUGCUAGUUUAGUCAGCACCCAGGAAUGCAUUGUAAAGGACUUUCAAUUUAGCUUUAGCACUAAAAUAGCAUCAGGAUCAAUGACUGCAACAACAACAUUUACUGUACAUGCACAUCAUUUUUUAACGAAUACUUUUAUUCAGCAAAGAUUAAUCAAAUUGAUCGAAAUUAACAGUGAAGACUGACAUUGUUACAAAACAUUCUUAAAAUAAAUUAUUCUUUCUAUUCACAA